AUGCGUCAGACUUUGCGGCGCUUCUCUUCGCAUCGGGUGCUCUGCUUGGCGGGAGACGGCGUGGGUCCAGAGCUCCUCUCAGCUACCAAGCUGGCUCUGCAAGCCACAGGUGUAAACUUCAGCUUCAAAGACAUGGACUUUGGAAAUACCUUCGCCUUGCAGAACGGCUCCCCGAUCAGUGAAGACCAUGUGCAAGCAGUGGAGAAGAUUGGCUGCGUUCUCAAGGGGCCGAUCGACAUCACGGCUUCUGGAAGCACCACAAAGCCAGUGGAGCUUCGAGGACAGUGCUUCUCGUCGGCCAACCAGGCCCUCCGCAAGCUUUUCCAACUCUACGCCAAUGUGCGGCCAGCCAAGUAUCUCGAAGGAACUCGCUCCAAGUUUCCGGGAACUGAUAUCGUGGUCGUGCGCGAGAACACCGAGGGCAUGUACACGGGAGAGGAGGUACAUGAAAGCAAAGACAGCAUUGUGGCAACACGGCGGAUCACGCGGCAGGGUGCUUUGCGCGUCGCGACUUUCGCCUUUGAGUUCGCCCGUGCACAUGGCCGGAAGAAGGUCACUGCAGCGCACAAGGCCAACGUGCUUAGACUGUCAGAUUCCCUGUUUCUGGACUGUUGCAGGCAGGCCGCAUCCAAUUUUACAGAUAUUGAGUAUACAGAGCAACUGUGUGACUCUCUGCUUACGGGUAUGGUGUUGCAGCCGGAGUGCUGGGACAUAAUUCUGUGCGAGAAUCUUUUUGGCGAUCUUGUGUCAGACUUAGCCGCUGGCCUUGUCGGAGGUUUAGGCUUGGCACCUUCAGCUCUUUAUGGUGAUGGAGGCGUUGCAAUUUUUGAGCCUGCGCAUGGCAGCGCUCCUGACAUUGCUGGCCAAGACCGCGCAAAUCCCACGUCCAUGCUGCUAUCAGCUUCGCGAAUGCUUCAAUUCCUCGGCGAGCACACUGCCAGCAAGAUGCUCGAAGAAGCCCUUGAGGCAGUAAUCAGGGAAGGCAAAGACACCACACCCGACUUGGGUGGCAUCGCUGGAACUCAGCAAAUGGCAGCAGCAGUGGCCAAGAAGAUCCAUGCAUAG